AUGGGAUUCAAGAUUCUCAGCCCGACCACCCCCAACAAGAAACCCACGCCAUGUCUGCACUCAGACGGAAAGUCGACGCCGGUAUGCUGGGACUGCGCCGAGAAGGGCCACCCGCAGAGCGUAUCGCCCCUGCGUGACGAUGAGAAGGCGAGCCCGCGCCGGAAGCUCGGGAAGGGGUCGACACUUUCGUUCUUACACAGCCUCUCGCCCAUCUCGGGUUCUACCUUUGACAGUGCCUCAAUGAAGGAGGUGCAUCCGGCUGAGCCGGGUAUUGAGCUUUCGAAGCGAGAUAGUCGACCCCUUUCUCAGCCUGGCCUGGAAGUCCUUUUGGGACCUGAAGUUGUGCCGGCCGGGACGAGGUAUGCUACUUCUGCGAGAUCAGUACGUACCCACGACGAAGAUGAGACAAUCCCGGACAAGAAUCCGGCUGCCGGUGAAUCCCGUGCGACAAUCUGCGGUUUACGGAAGAAGAUAUUCGGUAUCGUCUUGGCAUGCGUCCUGUUGCUGGCCUUGGCGAUAGUCCUGGGCAUUACGCUUGGCAUAGUUCGACCGAACAUGCUGAGUAGAUCCAAGUCAUCAGGACCAUUACAUGGUAAUCCUUCGGGGACAGCUACUGCAGUACACCCAUUGCUUUUAGUAGGGAGGGCUCGGGGACGAUACAACGAAAACAGGGUCAGUGACGAUGUUGCGAGCCAUGACAACCGUAGCCCAGACGGCCAAAACUACGAGAAAGAGCAACCCCAGUAG